GCUGUUGCUGAGGCUUCGGAAGCUGUGGCGACGGCGGCGGAAGCAGUACUGGCAGCAGGUUGUAGUUUUUGUUUUGGCCUCAACCCGCCAGCUGGUUCUCUGGGGCUGUUCCUGCCGGCCUGAGGAAGAGGAGGAGGAGGAGGAUUGGCUGCAUCUGUAGCCCGUAUCUGAUCGGGUGGAGGGGAGUGGGGAAACUAGAAUUCGCGGGGCCAAGUCCCGGGACGGAGCAUGGGGGGCUGGGCCCAGGCCCAGGUCCAGACCCAGGCCCAGGCCCAGGCCCUACCAAUGCUGGGCCUCUGCCCCGCAUCGUGUGAUCGGCUGCCAGGGUGGCUGCGAUGUUUGUAGGCCCCGGAGAAGGCUGCAGUAUGAGCCUCCCCUUCUCCUUCUAGAGCCACCACCUCCUCCUGCUGCUUCCUUCUCUCCCCCUCUCCCUGUUCUGCAGUGAGUGGGAGCCGAUAGAACCCAGAGCUGAGAACCGAUCCUAGCCUCAGGCCAUCCCCACAUCCCGGUACCCAGCCUCCCGGCAUGGCUCAGGAAAAAAUGGAGUUGGACCUGGAGCUGCCGACUGCCACCGCCCCCCCUGAUGGGGGCAGCCUGAGGAGGUCCAACAGUGCUCCCUUGAUCCAUGGCCUCAGUGAUAAUUCACAGAUUUUUCAGCCUUAUGUAAUCCGAACCCGGAGGAAUAGUACAACAGUGAUGAACCGUCACAGUCUGUUGCUGUCAUCUUCUCCUAUUCGUAUUCCUAGUAGCAGACUUCAUCAAAUCAAAAGGGAAGAAGGAGUGGACUUGAUGAACAGAGAAGCUGCCCAUGAAAGGGAAGUGCAGACAGCCAUGCAGAUAAGCCAUUCCUGGGAAGAAAGCUUGAGCUUGAGCGAUAAUGACUUUGACAAGUCGGAGAAAUCAUCUUCUCCUAAGAGAAUUGACUUCGUCCCAGUUUCUCCAGCACCAUCACCCACUAGAGGAAUAGGAAAGCAAUGUUUUUCACCAUCCUUACAAAUGUUUGUGAGUAGCAAUGGGUUACCUCCAAGUCCCAUCCCCAGCCCAACCAGACGAUUUUCAAACAGAAGGAGUCAAAGUCCAAUCAACUGCAUUAGGCCCAGUGUUCUUGGUCCUAUUAAAAGGAAAGGUGAAAUGGAAACUGAAAGUCAGCCAAAGAGACUCUUUCAAGGCAUUACUACUAUGCUUUCUCCUGAUAUUACGAAUUUGGCAGAUCUCAGUUCAUGUCUGUCUUCAGAUAUUCUGGAUGGCAGUAGUAGCAGCAUUGGCUCAUCCUCAGACUCAUUGGCUAAAGUCAGCAAUGCCACAGACUCUCCAGUAACAUGUUCCAAUUCAUGCUCUUCGUUCAUCUUGAUGGAUGACCUUUCACCCAAGUGACUUAACCAUUUCUCAUUCAGUGUUCUGACCGUGCUGUUUUCUAGACAAAAGACUCCAGUAGGCAGGGAAAGGGACUUUGAUCCUUAAUGAGGAUGAGAUAUUAAUUAGGAUAAAAAUUAAUGUAACAUCAUCCCUUAACAUCUCUAUUCCCAAAGGUUUAAUUCAUAGAUAUAUUAACCUUACUGCUAGUUUUUGCAAAUUUCCUUUUGCGUUAAGUGACUGUUCAGACUAUUAAAAUUAACUUUGGGUUGCUGUUGCUAUGUUUUACUUUUGAUGCCUAAAAGGCUACCUCCUUAACGUCCUGUAGUUUGAGUACUGAUAGAAACUAUUUUCUAGUAUGGCUCCUUUCGCCAACAAAAGUAAAUGGCAGUUAUAAAACUGAUCAGAAAGUCUCUUGUUUGAGAGAGACCUCCAUUCCCUAUUCUUCCCAUUAAAGAAAUAGUUCUAUAUUGCUCUUCAUUUUACAAACGUAAAAGACUUGCAUUUGGUUAUAUUUAAAUGCUUUUUCUCAUCAGAUUUAAAUAUAUGAUUUCUCCUUUUUCCUCUUUGAGCUGCUUGCUUGUGGCCAGACCAGGAAAUACUUAGUGGUCUCUGUAGCUGCCAGUGUUGCUCCUUUGUAGUUAAGAUUGUAUGGAAGGAUGAGGAUUGGUUUUAAUGUUUGAAAUGUUAAUGGACUUGGUAGUAUGCCUGAAUUAGUUAGUAAGAAUGUUCCAGAUCCCUAUAACCCAGGAAUAGUGGUAGCUAACAUUUUUUCCCAAAACUUGUAGCCCCGAGGAAUGUAUAACAUAUUAUUAAUAUUUCUAGUUAUUUGUUGUCAAGGAAAAGAAAUUCCAGCCUUGAUCAAAGAUGUCUAGUGCAUCCAGAAGUGACUAGCCAGUGUUACUGACCUAAAAAACUACUGUGCAGGAGAGUGCACAUGGGGCCAGCAAUGUCUCCUGUGGCAUUGAGGCCAAUGGGAUUUUUGUGCCUUAGGGGACAUUGUUCUACUAUUAAAGAAUGUAAACCAUAGGGGAAGGGGAAAGCAAAAGGGGGUGCCAUGUAUAAUGAUCUGAUAUUGGGUCUGGUGCGCCUUUUUCUUAUUGCUUUUCAACUUUUAGAUUUGUUUCUUUCCCCUACCGGUGAUUAGUACCAAUGAUUCAGUCCCUCUGCAUCACAGUUUUUGUGUUGCCACUAGAGAAGAUGGAUGGGCUUAAAUAACAUUCAUGCUGCCUUGAAAAAGGGCAAGUCUAGGAAGUUUAAUUUCUAGGGAGAAAAAAGGUUUGCAGGACUGAUAAUUGAAUAUUAGCUCUGUAUUCUACUUUUAUGAGUCAAAUUUGAAUUGUAAGGAGCAUUUCAGUUAGUCUGAGGUAGCAAAAUAAGGAAUUUCAUAACAGGAAAAAUAUUAACUGAGCUAGAUAAUCCAUUGAUUAUAAUCUACUAUCAUGCUAUUUAUUAUUUAUAACUAUGUAAAAAGUCUGUGUGAUGAAGUAUAGUAUUUUUUUAUGAUUAAAAUUUUUUAAAUGUUUGGUAGUAACUGCUGGCUUGUCUCUAAUAUACAAAAUUGCCUGCCAUAAGCUUU